CUCAAGACAUCGGACAAAGCCGGUUCGCAGCGCCGCUUCGGAGAGCCGCGCAUGCGCCAUAACCGCAAGACCUCGUUCUACGCGAUAAGAUUCGGAGGCGGCGAUUGGGCGAGAGUCAUUGCCGCCUUCUAGGACGAGAGUCCAGCGAGCUGCCUGCCGCCAGCCUUUCCAGCCCCGCCGCUUCGCCUCGCGCCUUCUCCGAGGAGCUGCUGCUGCUGCUGCUGAGCGCCGGGCGCCUGCAUGGGGACCGAGAGCGGCAGCGCCGGCGUCCUGAUGGGACAAGCGGGGAUCCUCAACUUGCAAACCGGCAACCUGCUCAACUGGGGCCGCCUGCGGAAGAAAUGCCCGGCGACCCCCAGCGAAGAGUUGCGGGAUUGCAUUAAGAAAACCUUAAAUGAAUGGAGUUCAAAGAUCAGCCCUGAUCUAGUGCAAGAGAUGCCAAAAUCCUUGAAUGUACUCUGGCUCAAGCAAUAGAAAGAUCAACCCUGAA